CGACUUAUGGCGGCGAUCAGCGACUUAUGGCAGGACUGCGGCGGACAUUCUGACAUUGGGGGGUAAGGACUUGGGGUCACUGACAUCCCCAGUGACACCAAUACAGUGAUCAGUGCAAAAAAAAAAAACACGGACACUGUACUAAUGGCACUGGGGAGGAAGGGGUUAAGUUUAUUAUUCAGGGAAAGGGUUAACUGUGUGAGGGGAGUGUGUUUUACUAGUGGGCGGGGGUGUGUACUGCAGGGAACACCGCUAUGUGUUCUGUGCUAUGUAGAGCCACACAAAGCAGUGUGCAGGAGCUGACGGGAGAGAUCUGUAUUGUUUACAUAUAGGUCUCUCUCCCGUCGGUAAUACUCAGAGAUCGCCGAGUGCCGGUGGGGAAUCA